UGAUAAACCCUCGUCAAUAAGUUGCAACUAGGCAAGCAAGUCUUCAUAACCAGAGAGGACGCCAUUUGGUUCCAUUUGGUUUAAGCCCCAUCAAAGAAAAUGCGAUGGUUCAAUCGCCAUUCAUCAUUUUGCCACUACAUCCACACGUCUACGUUUUCAACCGCCAAUCUCAAACCCAAUCACCAAAUCAAUACUAAUAGACUAACUGAUCAGACCACCACAUUACAAAACGUUGUUUCAUGGAACAGAACCAUCUCUAAAUGCCUACGAAACAGCCAAAUUAUUAAAGCCCAAAGCCUAUUCGAUAAAAUGCCGGCAAAAGACAUAGUUUCAUAUAAUACCAUUUUGUCAGGCUUAAACCAGGCCAAAAACCCAGAAAAAGUCUGUCAAGUUUUCUUAGAAAUGGAAAGAGCUGGUCUGAAGCCCAACGAGUAUACAUUGUCUAUCAUUCUUAGCGCGGUCUUGAACACGGAGCUUAAGCUUUUGGUGCCUCAAAUUCACGCACGUAUUAUUUGUUUGGCGCUUAAUGCAAGCGUGUUUGUUGGGUCGGCAUUGAUGAAAGCCUAUGCAAACUCGGGGGAUGGCGUGGGAUUAAGUAAAGCGUUCUAUGAAAUUUUGAAUAAAGAUGUUACUUCGUGGAAUGCGUUGGUUUCGGGAUACAUGGAGUUAGGGUGCAUGCACGAGGCUCAGAAAACUUUUGACACGAUGCCAGAGAAGGAUGUUGUUUCUUGGACUACUUUGGUUAAUGGGUAUAUUAGGAAUAAGAGAAUUAAGAAAGCUCGGUCCAUAUUCAAUAAGAUUACUGGAAAGAAUGUCAUUUCAUGGACUGUGAUGAUUAGUGGGUAUGUACAAAGUGAAAGAUUUGUUGAUGCAUUGAAGCUGUUUGUCUUGAUGGUGAAAUCGGAUACAAUGCCUAAUAAGUUUACGUAUUCAAGUGUGUUGGAUGCUUGUGCAGGUUGUUGUUCUCUUCUUGUGGGACAGCAAGUUCAUUCAAGCAUUAUGAAGUUUGGUAUCCCGGAGGACGUGAUUUUGUCUACAUCGCUUGUUGAUAUGUAUGCAAAAUGUGGGGACAUAGAUGCAGCAUUCUAUGUUUUCGAGUCGAUGCAGAGGAAGAAUUUGGCAUCAUGGAAUUCAAUGAUAGGAGGUUAUGGCAGGCAUGGGCUUGGAAAAAGAGCAUUGGAGGAGUUUGAGAGAAUGAAAAAAAUGGGUGUUAAGCCAGAUGAAGUUACAUUUGUUAAUUUGUUAUCUGCAUGUGGACAUGGAGGUUUAGUUGAAGAAGGUGAAAAACACUUUGAUUCCAUGGAGACAAAGCAUGGAAUCCAAGCUGAGGCAGAGCAUUAUGCUUGUAUGGUGGACCUCUAUGGCAGAGCUGGUCAACUGGACAAAGCAGAGAAAUUGAUAAAAGAAAUGCCAUUUGAGGGUGACGUGGUAAUUUGGGGUGCAUUACUUGGAGGUUGUGGCCUUCAUUCAAAUAUAAAGCUGGGGGAGUUGGCUGCAGAGGGAAUUUCCCGACUUGAAAAAGACCACCCUGCAGUGUAUUCAAUGCUGACCAGGAUUCAUGGUGAAAACGGGGCAUGGAAUAUUGUUGUUAAGUUGAGAAAAAUGCUGAAUGAGAAGCGCGUUCGCAAGCAGAAGGCAGGUAGUUGGGUCGAAUCUCCUUUUCUUGAAAUGUAGAACACCAAUGCGCACUGCUCCAUUCCAAGGAGAAUGCGACAUCGCAUCUACUAUUUGCGAAGUCAUACUUUUUACUUGCAUUCUAUUGGUGCUUGUAAUAAAAUUACCAAAGUAAUGAAGUCUUACUUUCU